AUUUAAAGUGAUGUAAACAUUGCAAAUUAAAUAAAUAUGGCAUCCAAAUAUGAGCGCAUUAUAAACGACUGCCGAUCGAGAAACGUACUUUUCGAAGACACCGCUUUCCCUGCCGUUCAAACUUCCGUGUUUUACUACCAAACACCCCCCUUUACGUUCCAGUGGAAGCGAAUCGCUGAAUUAAACGACGCACAAGCAUCUUUCCUCAAUGAAAAUGCCGAAUUCGACGUUAUACCUGGGAAAAUGGGCGAUCGGUGGCUGGUUUCUUGUCUAGGCGUCUUGUACUCAUUGCGAAAUUUAUUUUAUCGCGUAGUGCCAGCUGAUCAGAGCUUGGCCAAAUCAUUGGGAGUGUAUCGCUUUCGCCUGUGGUGGUGCGGGGAAUGGGUGGAGGUGCUCGUGGACGAUCGCCUGCCCACCAUUAACGGUCGUCUGGCAUUUAUGCAGCCCCAAUCCUCGCAUUGCUACUGGGCCCCGCUCUUGGAGAAGGCAAUAGCGAAAUUGCACGGAUCCUACGAGGCUCUUAAAUACGGCACACGAUCGGAUGGACUAAGCGAUCUUUUGGGCGGCAUUGUGAAGUGUUCGCCGAUAAUUCCAGAUUCCAUGAGACCACAAACCCUGAAGGACUAUUUAAACACCACCUGCAUCGUCACCUGUAUAGCGGCUAAAAAUGCGACGGUGCAAAAGAAAAACUCUUCAGAACGAUUGGCAAACUCGAUUCUGGCGAAUGUAAAUUACAGACUUUCUUCUCUGGAUAAGGUGGAAACCAUCAUUGGCGACUCGGUACAAUUGAUACGAUUGAAGGACACAUUUUCAUCACAACCCUUUGGGGAGAAAACCAACUUCACUGGCGACUGGUCUCCGACGUCAAAAACCUGGGAACGUGUCUCGACUGCAGAACGAUCCAGACUUUUAAAUCAACUGGAGUUGGGUGAAUUCUGGAUCUCGCUUUUAGAGUUUGUACAAACGUUUACGGCAUUGGAGUGUGUUUUUCUGGACACAGAUACGGCGAAUGGCGAACCACUUCUGAAGGAGCGGGCACUGCACUGGAAAAUGAAAAUGUAUCAGGCUCAAUGGAAAAGGGGCGUCACUGCGGGCGGUUGUAGGAAUCAUGAAUCAUUCCACAUAAAUCCCCAACUGCUUGUGUCCAUACAGGAUAAACAGGACAUUGUUAUUGCAUUAAAUCAACACACUGCUGUGGAACCAAAAGUAAUUGGCUUUACAAUGUAUAUGUGGAAUCGGGAAUUGAGUUUGAAUGAAUGUCUGCAAAAGGAUUUCUUCAAGAACCAUGUCAGCUUUCUAAACUCGGACUACGGCAAUACCCGGCAUGUGAGUUAUCACACCCAACUUGAUAUUGGCCAUUAUGUUCUGAUUCCGACUACAUACGAGCCAGCUGAAGAGGCACAUUUCACAGUUAGGAUUCUGGGAACAGCUGCGUUCAGGCUGUCCAGCCUGGAAACUCAAACAAUGAUUCUAUUGGAUCCGUUUCCCUCCCUAAAGAACGAGGACGAUAUUCUGAAGAUCAAGAGUGUGUGCCAAUACGAGCCUGUUUACAUGCAACUAGCCGAUGAAAAUAAGACGAUUAAUUGCUUUGAGCUGCACGAGCUGUUGGAAGCGUGCCUGCCAAAUGACUACAUUAAAGGGUGUGCGAACAUAGAUAUUUGCCGACAGGUGAUUGCGCUGCAGGAUAAAACUGGAAACGGACGUAUUACUUUCCAGCAGUUCAAAACAUUUAUGGUUAAUCUCAAAUCAUGGCAAGGCGUCUUUAAGAUGUACACGAAAGAGAAGGCUGGAAUUUUGCGGGCCGAAAGAUUGCGUGAUGCUUUGUAUGAUAUUGGAUUUCAGUUGAGCACGGAUAUUAUGAAUUGUUUGAUACAGCGAUAUAUUCGCAAAGAUGGAACCCUCCGUCUCAGUGACUUCGUCUCAGCUGUAAUGCAUCUAACGACUGCCUUCAACCAGUUUCACCUUAAGAACUAUAAUCAGGUCAAUAUUAUAGAGGUCCAUUUGCAUGAUUGGAUCAAAAGCAUCCUUAGUUGCUGAACAUUAUAAAAUAAUGUUUUAGGAUCGUCUCUUGUUUUUUGUAUGUAUUGAAAAUAUUAGCUAUUAAAUAAAGUUUGUAUUUAUUACAAAACCAGCA